AUGUGCUGGAGGCUGUGCCUCCUCCACCGCUCCGUCAUGAGCAGCAUGUCAUGGACCCUGCCACGCCUCUCGCAGUCCAGCGCCGCCACCGCCCACGGACUCGUGGGUUCCGUCCGUCUGACCUACGCCAUAUGUGCCUUUCUGGCCACUUGCCUACACGCCGCCAUGAGAAACAUGCUCGGCAUGAUCAUCCUCAAGAUGGUCAUGCCCCGGCCGGAGGAUGCACUGGUCGUUUCAGCGGAGUUGGGUCGCCUAACGGAGGGCAAUGUCACCUCCACGGGGCGAUGUGGAUCUCCUCGGGUCGUUUUUAACCCACAGUUCCAGGAAACUCAGUCGGGCGACUUACCAUGGACCCGAAACCAGGAGCUGACCUUCCCAGGUGUCUACUACUAUGGCUACGUGGUUUCCAUCUCGCUAUCCGGCUACCUGGCAGAUAGGUGCAGCAGCAAGCGACUGUUCAUCGUGUCCCUGAUCUUUGAGGCGGCGGCCUACAUCCUGCUCCCAGCAAUGGCGCACUUUAGUUUCGAGGCAGGAAUGGUUGAUCUGAUCAUUUGUGGCUUACUGGCGGGCUGUGGAAAUCCGGCAAUGUAUAAACUGUUCGUGACCUGGGCUCAUCCCACAGAGAGAACAGCGCUCCUGUCCUUCGCCUACAGCGGCCUUCUGAUGGGCUCAAUGUUGGUUUACCCGGUGGCCAGUUACCUAAGCAACUACGGCUGGGAGCUGUCCUUCUAUGUAGUCGGUGGAGUUGGCCUCUUAUUCGGCAUUGCCUGCUGCUUUCUCGUUUACGACACCGUAGAGCAGCAUUCAAGGAUAUCGGAUGAGGAGGUGGAUUACCUGAUGCAGGGCAAGAGUCAAUUGGAACUAAAGCAGCAGCCUGUGGUAACCAUUCCCUGGAAGAGCCUGCUCGCCGCGCCGCCCGUCUACGCCUUCAUCCUGACCCACAUGUUCCACACCUACACCUUCCUGGUGAUUGUGCAACUGAUGCCGCGAUUUAUGCGCGAGGCCAUGGAGUUCGAUCUGCGCGAGGUGGGCUUCCUCUCGGCGGCACCGUAUCUGGGUGGGAUCUGCUCGAAGAUCAUGUGCAUCCUGGGUGGCAGCUACGUGGAACGACGCGUGGGUCCUGACCAGAACUGUGUGCGGAGAAUGCUGUACGGGAUCUGCAGCAUCCUGACCACUUCUUUGAUUGGGGUCAUCAUCCUGGCGGAUUGUGAUGACAAAAUACUAGUUCUUGUGAUGUUUGCCUUCAUGAUGGCCACUACGGAUAUGGGUUUCAGUGGCUACUGGCCCACGCUGCUCUACUUUGCGCCCUCCUUCGCGGGAUUGCUUUCGGGAUUGGCCAAUGGACUGGCCCAUCUCUCCGGAUUCCUAGCUCCCCAUCUUGUCGCCGCUCUGGUGCACACUGGCAGCAAGGAUGAGUGGAAUGUGGUGUUGAUGACGCUGAUUGGCUUUAAUACGAUGGCCAUGUUGGUAUUUGCCUUUUGCAGCAGUACGAACCUACAACCUUGGGAUCCUCGUAGCAGAAAGGAGAAAACUGGAUCACCAAGUGCUCAGGAAUCGAAUAGUUAG